AUGUAUACCCCAAAGAGCCUCGUUGCCAUUGUUGCCGCUCUGGCCCUCGGAGCAACGGCUGCUCCAACCACCUUGACCCGUCGUCAGAACGCCUGCUUCGUUGUCGGAUCCACCACGCUGCCAGCGGAAACUGCAGACUCGGCCAAUGCCCUCGCCAGCACCGUGACCUGCGGUACUGGUACUACCAUCGGCAACGUGCCCGACGUAACGACCAACGGCGUCUCGUUUUCCGAUAUCGACUUUUCCAAAUCCUCCUCUACCCCUCUACAAUUCGCGCUCGACAAGUUCGCAACUGCAGACCCGCUCGCGUCCACCGACCUUGCUACCUUUCAGACCAAUUUGGAUCUGUACACGGCGACAGAAGCUGGCAUCCGCAGCGAAGGGGGCAAUUUGGCGAUAAAAGAGCCCAAGUUCUUCUUAGCCUUCCAAGUGGCAAGGAUCAAGACUGCGCAGGGUGUUGCCAUUGCCGAUCCCGGCCAGACGGUCGAACACUUGCUCGGAAAGGUGCAGAAGAACGCCGGAAGCGCGGACAAGGGACUGCUGUCUCAAGUGAACGCCUUAGCAACAAAGUUGUCUUAG